AUGUCUGAUGAUUUACGCCCGUAUCAAUUGGACCGGCCGGCCAACCAAACAGGUCGGCCUCAGCCUCUCGGCCCUGGCGACUCACCCGCCGUGUCUCCCACAAAUGGUACAAAACCAGCGGGGUCCAAGCGCAAUUUAAUACCCGCGACAGAGAGAUCAUUUUUGACCGUGUCAAACACAAUUGGAGCGAGCGCCUCUUCCAACAUGACCUUUGAUGUCCAGAGACAGACCAUAGCAUACACUGCCGGUACAGGCGCAGUUCUGGGUCACUACAGCACGUCUUUGGGUCUCAAACAACGGUACUUUUGUUUGAGGAACACAGAUCAGCUCAAUGCGUCUUUUGAAGCGUUCCAAAUCACAGCUACGCGAGACAGCUACGGGUUUUCAUCACAGACACAGUAUUUGGGAGCGUCGGAAGAAUCUCCGGUGGAUGCUUCGCCUCCUAAAAUGCCUUCUCCUGUGAAAGAACGCGCCAAGAGUGCUACUGCUGUGGCUAUCAGACCAGAUGGGCGCCUAUUGGCAUUGGGAGAAACCGGGCACAGUCCCAAGAUUUCGAUUUUCAGCACAGCACCGGAUUCUGAUUCCAGUUGUCCGGUUGCAGUGAUCACUCAGCACUCUUUUGGAGUACGGUUCCUGCGAUGGUCCCCUUGCGGGACAUUUCUGGCCUCUUUGGGAACCCUAAAUGACGGUUAUCUUCACAUUUGGCAUGUCCAGGACAAGGGUGUACGUCUACAUUCGUCCAACAAAUGCAUAUCCCAGGUGGAAGACAUGCGGUGGCUCUCGGACAAGAUUCUUAUCACUGUUGGAGAUCACCAUGUCCGGGUAUGGAAGGUAGAGGAUAAGGAAGGAGGGCUUCAGAACAUUCAGGUUCUGUCGGGCCGAAAUCCUGUGAUGGGAUUGGUCAACAAUGUCACCUGCACCUCCGUAUGUCCCAUUAAUCAGCUCGAGGCUGUCAUUGGAAGUAAGGAGGGGCUAGUGGCAGUCUUGAAUGUAUCUGAAGAGACUCCCAAGCUUACUAUCCGUUGGCAGAGGCUAUCUCCCGUUUCUGCUGUGUGUAUGAACUCAGAUGGUGAGAUAUGUAUGGCAUUUGGAGGUAAGAUUGCAGUGGUUUCUCUCGAUGAGGUGCUCCAAGAAGAAGGGGAGGACUUUGGGCCUAUUGGAACCGAAGUUCAGCAAUCGCCCAUUGUUUCCCUGGCCGAGUUUGGGUCUCGUUUGGUCUGUCUUGAUUCCAAUCGAGAUAUUUCGCUGAUUCAGGACAUGAAGUCGCAAAGCAUUGUGCAGGGUCAGCAAGGAAUCAUCAAGGGCUUGACUCUAGGCAUGUCACAGGUCUUUUGGACUGCUGAUAGGGUCACCUGUGAUGACACAAGCAUUAAACCUGAGCUUGGAAAGUUGAACGAUGAAUCGGACAACGAAAUCUCGCAUGCUCUGAGUCUUGGGUCAGACGUGGCUAUCGGCGAUAGAAGCGGAAGACUUAGUCUUUAUAACGAAGGUUCUUGCAAGUUCUCCACACAAGCGCACCAGGCAGAUAUCACUGGUAUGGCGUUUCAUGACGGAACUUUGUUUACUUGUUCGCGAGAUCGUACAGUGCAGGUCUUCUUGGUAUCGCAUUCAUCCAUGGAACUCCAGCAAACGAUUGUGGGUCAUACCGCGAAUAUUCUGAAGCUCGUUGUGGCGGAUCAGCGGCUGUAUUCGUGCUCUGCAGAUCGCUCUAUCGGCGUCCAUGCUCUCACUGGUGGCGUUUGGGCCCCCCUCAAGUCCAUCAGUCUCAAGAGCUCGCCUCUAGAUGUCAUUCUUGUCGACAACGAGCUGAUUGUCAUCUGUUCUGAUAAGCAGGUGUAUGUUUAUCGAACGGACAAGUGUGAGUUGGUGCGUAACUACAAGUGCGCCAACUCUCGGGGCGACGGGCUGAGUGUGACUCGAAUCGUUUUGGGCAAGUUUCAGCACGGGGGAAUAAAGAAGGACAUUCUAGUAGGUGUGUGCACGGACAAGUCUCUUCGGUUGUUCGAUCAUGCUACAGGCGCUCUUCUAGCGUCCGAAUGGGGUCAUUCAGACGGCGUCUCGGGACUCAUUUUAAAACCCCAGAGUGCUGUGUCUGCCGAGGUUGUCACAUCUGGAGCGGAUGGGUGUUUGUUCGUGUGGAAGCUGUCUCCAUGGGUUGAGUCUGCUGUUGUAUCGGGCUCUGCUGCAUUAAGCACUUCUCCUGUGGCUCGAAAGGUCAUCCCCAAGCUUGAGCUGUCUUCCAUUGCGCGUGAGAACAACCUUGAUACACCCAACUCGCCGGUCCUCAGACCUUCACCACUGAGAAAAAGUGCAGUUGACAGCAACGGGUCCCCUAUGACCCGCACGGCAGGCAGACCUUCGUUCCGCAGCAAAGAGACUCCUUCACCUGUUCGAAAUGAGCGUCCGAUGUCCCCGGCCAGACCCAAGAGUCCCACCAGAGUCAGCAAUGUCGCUAUUAUGGGCGACAAAAGUCCUAGCAGGAUGGGCUCUUCUGGAAGUUCGAGAGGCAUCAGCAGUGGUAGUCCCAGGGCAGGAAACGUUUCUAUCGAUACCAUGAAGACUGACCUUUGCGUAAGACUGAAGAGGUUCCGAGGCGAGUUUGAUAGCAAGGACGACCGAGAGAAGGACUACAGUGCCCUUCAGGAAGAGCUCGAAGCUACAUUGGCCCUUUUGAGGGGCGGCACCGGCCUUCCAAAGGCAGAAACCAAUCUUCCGUCCGCAAGAUGCACAACCCCUGCUAUGGAUAUGGAGACGAUUGUUCGAGAGUUUGGUGACAAGAUUUACUCUUUGCUGGAGGACAAAAUGAAGGGCGGGGGUGAGUGA